GUGUACGUUGGACAGGAUUUGCUAGACUUGAUCUUCUUCUAUCAUAUAAUUAAUUAUAUUCAUACUUACUCAAUUCAUAAUUAACUGUGGAGUAAGAUUGGCUGCAUAAGGACAAAAAUAUUAUUCUGAUCUGUUUAUUACGACAAAAACAAUAAGAAAGAGUCAAAAUCCUUCACAUAUCUAAACAUGACGACGCCAACAGAGGAGAAUGAAAAGCAGACCUUAGCUUUUCCAGAUCUGGACGAAUUGUACAGUAAAGUGAGCCCGGAAAUGGAACCACUGAGAAAAAACGGCAUAAUAGAAGGAGAGAGAAAACAAGAUCCAAGACAAAAAUGCACAGAUUUUGAUGAUAUCCUUUCAAUUGUUGGAGCAGACGGCAAAUUUCAGAAAAUAUUAUUGUAUGGAGUAAUCUGCCCAUUCAUUAUGAUUUCCCCGUUCCUCGUCCUUAAUAAUAUUUUCCUACUUGAUAUUCCUGAUCAUUGGUGCACCGUCCCCGGAGUGACAAGUGACGUGGAUUUAGAAACUUGGAAAAAUUUAACGAUUUCAAGAGAAAUAGGACCCGAUGGGGAACUAAGGUAUAGUCAAUGUCUCAUGUAUGACCCUUCUAAUCCAAAUGUGACCAUGACCUGCAAUCUGGGAUGGACCUACGACAAAACGGAUUACGAGACAACAAUCCCAUCUGAUUUUGACUGGGUUUGUGAAAAUAUGGGCCAUGCCACGGACACUUUUACGGUGGAAACGAUAGGAAGCGCGGUGGGGACGGUGGUAUUUGCAAUUAUGGCGGAUAAUUUUCUCGUAGCGAAGAAUUUUUUAGCAUUUUUGACCUUUCAAACCCUAGCGGGAAUGGCAUAUCCGUCCAUAUUUAAUAUGCCAUUGCUCAUUGUGGCAGAAGUUUGCGGAUCGGAAUACCGAGCAUGGGCGUAUGCAGUCACAUGGAUGAUAUGGGUCGUAGGGAACUCGGUCUUACCCUUGGUAGCAUGGGCGUGUAGAACUUGGCAACUUUUUGCAAUCGUGUCGGUAAUUCCAGGCUUCUUUUUGUUCCUGUUUUACCCAUGGAUUUCAGAGUCGCCGAGAUGGUUGUUAACAAUGGGGAGAGGAAGAGAAGCUCUUCAGAUUAUAAGGAAAAUUGCGAAGACAAACGGCGUGGAAAUAGAUCAUGAAGAAAUGCCAGCGAUGGUGGAAGAUCUUGUUCAAAAACAGAAGGAAGAUAGAUCAAGUAGAAAUGUAGGGGUUUGGACACUCUUUCAAAAUUAUAGAUUGGCAAAAAACACAAUAUUCCUCGCGCUCGCUUGGUCCAUGAAUAAUUUGCUGUACAACGGUGUCACCCUAAACACAACCAGUAUGGACGGCAACAAAUUUCUCAAUUAUUUCCUCCUUUCAAUCAUCGAACUCCCAUCGGGCUAUCUGGCGGGUGUGCUUGUGGAAAAGACUGGACGAAGGUGGACUCAAGUCGGCUUCUUUUUAAUGUGUGUCAUAUCCUGCGCCAUUUGUGCGGUGGCCGUGGUACAAACGGGAGCAGAGUAUGUCGUUAUUGCGGGAGCGUUAGGAAUCAAGUUUGGGAUCACUAUUACCUCAAUGGUGGUGUAUUUACAAGGGGUGGAAAUUUUUCCGACUCAGUUGCGCAGUACGGGGGCAGGAGUGGCGUCAACGACCAGCUCAAUUUUGGGUAUUAUGGGUCCCUACAUUAUUUUUAUGGGUAAAUUCAACGCAACCUUGCCCUACAUAAUGUUAGGGGUGAUAUCCGCAGUAGGUCUCGUCGCCUCGGCUGGUUUACCGGAAACAUUUCGCCAACACUUACCUGAAACGGUGGAAGCAGCUAAUAAGUUUGGGAAAGGUGUUCCAUUUUGGAGUUAUCUACCGAAACCACGACACGACGGUGUAGCGGAUAAGGACAAUAGUAAUAAGAAUGGAGAAAUUGAGAAACUGAAAGGGAAUAGUGAUGAUUAAAAAAAUAUGAAAAUAAAAUAUUGUUUAGGUAGAUAUGUAGAUAGCUUUAUUAAGGGGUGCAACCCCAUUAUAAGAUUGAUAUUGUAUCCGUCCGUCGGUCUGUGGUUGCGUCGCAACAGAGGUCGACGACCAAUUUCCGGCGGCGGCGGCGCCAAUUUUGGCUGAUUUUUUGGCGGCGUCGGCGGCGCGGCGCGGCGUCCCAAUGUUAAAGGUAUAGGAAAACGGAUUUAUCGGCGGCGGCGGCGCCUAAGAUGCUGCCGGCGUCCGGCGCGGCGGCGGCGCGAGAUCGGCGGCGUCGACCUCUGCAUCGUAACCUAAAUUGAGAACGGAUUGACCUAGUGACCUAAAAUUUUGCACACACAAUCGUUGCCUACACGAAGCCAAUUUGAAGGGUAGGAGGGCAAGAAAGAAGCCGCCUAUGUCCAAGAACAACAUUGUAAAACGAUUGCAAUGGGCAAAGGCUCACCAGGCGUAUAGCAGUAAGGAUUGGGAGAGGACUCUUUGGUCGAACGAAAGCAAAUUCUCCAUUUUCGGAAACAAGGGGUCCAAGUUUGUCUGGCGGAGACCAGGAGAGGCGUUAAAAAAUUUUUGCCUUCGACCUACGGUCAAGCAUGGAGAAGGUAAGAAAAAUACGAAAUUGCUCACAUAAUCCGCAGUUAUGAACCCAUGUUUAAAUGUUCAGGGAGUGUGAUGAUAUGGGUGUCAAUGGCGUUUCUUAAUUGAUUUUGAACAUGCAUCAAUUUGAUAGUUGUUUUUGACGGAUUUGGCCAAUUUCUCCAACGUGAUUCUACGGUCUCUGUUGGCGAGCUCCACGAUCUUCUUGUCUUGUCGGGCCAUUAUCGCCUGAGGGCGACCUGAUCGUUGACGAUUCACCACCGUUCCAGUUGCAAUAAACCUCGUGAUCACAUUUACAACUGUUGACCUUUUUAAUUUCGUUUUUUAGACAAUUUUGAAGGGUUUUACACCCUCUUCAUGGAGUAUUAUUAUUUUUCUCCUUUCCUCUGUAGAUAACUCUCGAAUUUUCGCCAUGUUCCCUAAAUUAUGUUGGCAAUAAAAUUAUUAACUCAGAUUUAACCAAAAAAAUAAAAUUACACAAAAUUGUUGGAGAAUUGUGUCAACAACGCGAAUAAAUCCAGCCAUGACCAUUACUUUUUUCCCUUCGAUUUCGUAUAAUUUGAGACAAAAAAUUUCUCUACCGCUAGUCCUUAUGAUUUACAACCAAAAACCAUAUAUAUUCUUGAAGUACAUUAAAUUGUGAUCAACAUAAAAAAAUUUGGUUGGAUUCGGUUAUCUCGCAUAGCCGUGAUAAGCUUUUACAUAAUGAGGUACCCCCACGACCAAUACUUUCUUCCCCCGGGUGUAUCUUCUGUUGGGGACUAUUCAACGAAAUCUCGUCCUUAUACCGUUCCCCACAAUCUGGACACUCUGCGAAUAAUGCUUCCUUAUGAAAUUCUCCCCGGUGUUGUUCUACGCCUAUCUUGUCUCGAAAUCCAACCCCACAGAUGUCACAUUUCCGUUUUUCUGUGUUAUAGGUGCAUCGAUGGGACCCCAUCUCUCUAUUUGAUGCAAUUUUCAAAGUCAUAAUAAUGAUAGAUAUGUAAUCAAUCAAUUAAUUCUAUUUGCAUUAUUGUGCAAGUAUUUAAGUGCACAUCGCAAGUGUAAUUAAAUAUGACUCUAAUUUAAUCAAGCAUUUGCAACGCCUUAGAAAAAGUAGGAGUUAUCGUUUUAAAUUUGACUUGGAGAGUUAACACAAUGUUUAAAUUAAGGAUAAAGUAAUUAAAAUUAGAAUGCGCCAACAUUUAUUUUCCUCCAUAUACAUAAAUACCCAGGUUUAAAUUGGAAUCACAUUUGCAUAUCUAUCGUUAAGCAGGUUCUAUCAGGGUUUAUAAAGUACGAUGUUUGCAAUCAAAAUGUUUAUACAUUUACCCUGCAAAUAAUCUGGUGAUAAAUUAUUAUUGAUUAGAAUAAUACAUAACAAUAUAAAGACGGUAAGAAAAUGACGUAUCUAUUUGUUAUGGAACUACAGACUAUUGUCGCGACACUUCUUCCGCUAUUACUUCGAUGUUAGAAUGUAUAAAACACGGAAAAAUAAAAAAAAAAAAACAUUACAUCUGGACAGGGAAACAUUUAUUUCAUGCUAUUUAAGGAAUCUACGAAUUUCCUAAAAAAAAUGAUAUAUUGUCGUACUAAUUCUAGAUAAACGUAAGUGCAUUCGACACUUAAUUCUAAAAAGA